CGGGGGGUCCGUGGUGGCCGCUGUGGGGGUGAUGCGUGUCCUCGUUCUCGGUGUCCCGAUCCCGGUGUCCCAUGCCCGGUGUCCCGUGCCCAGUGUCCCCAUCCCUCUGCGGGCGGCGAGCAGAGGCCGGGGCAGCGCGGCCGCGUCGCGCCGGGCGCCGGCGGAGAGGCCCCGCUGGGAUUUGUCCUUGUCCUUGCAGGCGCGCACGGGAGGUGGUGCUGGUUCCUCGGGCUGGCCCCGGGGCCGCAGUGGGGCUUUGUCCUGGGGGUGCUGUGCCUGAGCUAAAGGAACUAGGACUACUCAUGCUGGCUGCGUAGCUUCUUGCUGACAAUAUUUGUCACUUAAGAGGUGUGUUCCUUACUGUUCACAUCAAAUCAGCGCUUAGCACGUGUGCUAAGAAACUUGUAGUUUUGUAUGACAGCCUUUUGUCUAGGUGAGACGGCAGAGAGCCUGUCCUUUGUCAUUCAUUUUCUCAGCUUUGGUCCUGAUAUCCUGAGGAGUCCUGUGCUCUAGGGAAACUGUCCGUAGCAAUUAUUUCCGAAUGCCAACUCCAGUAAUGGUGAGCUAUUACCUCUGCACAGGGCCUUUGGAGUUUUGCAGUGGAACAGUUUCAGAGUAUUAAUCUGUGGUUUUCCUUUUGCUUUGUAAUUUUUUUUCCCCUCCUUGCAAUAUGGUUUGCAAUUUAUCAGCAGCAAAGACAUGACAUACAGGUCGUUUUUCAUGCUUCUCUAUACCAAAGGAAAUUUUUUUACAAUUCAAAGGUAGCUAAUAAUAUACAGUUUAAUUCUGUGGUGACUUCAAAGGGGUGGACAACUUUUUUACUGUGCUGAGAUCUGUUCACUGGCUAAAUACAGCUGGUGUGUUCGAGUCCCUUGUUUGUGCUGUUCUGCAGCUCCUGGUGCAGUUGGCAGAGUGGAAUGGCUGUGAGAGCUUGUGGCUUGAUCAUCUACAGGAGGCUGCAGCCAGCAGCAUCCUCUAAGGUCACUGACAGCAUUGAGUACCUCCUGCUUCAGACAUCCUACGGGACCCACCACUGGACCCCGCCCAAAGGCCAUGUGGACCCUGGGGAGGAUGACCUGCAGACAGCCUUCCGGGAAACACAGGAGGAGGCUGGUCUGCACGCCAGCCAGCUCACUCUCAUUGAGGGCUACAAGAAAGAGCUGCACUACCCUGUCCAUGGCAAGCCUAAGACUGUCGUGUACUGGCUGGCAGAACUGAAGGACUGCAACACAGAAAUCAAGCUGUCAGAGGAGCACCAAGCUUUCCAGUGGCUGAAGCUGGAGGAUGCCUGCAAAUUUGCAGAAUAUGAGGACAUGCAAGCAGUGCUGAAAGAAGUGCAUCAAUUUCUCUGCUCCAGAGAAUAAGUGUUUAUGUAAAGUAUAAGGGGAUUUCUUGAGGAGACAGGUGUGCCUUUUAUGUUUUAAACUGGAGGAAAAAUUAUAUGGCUUGCAGAAAUGUAGAUUUCUUUUUUUUUUUUUUUAAUCUGUAGAAAUUCAGUGAGGAUACACAGAGCUUUUAAAGAGACUGUGCUUUUGUCUCUCCUAGCUAGCACAAAAAACUGUAGUCUGAUUGAACCAUAAGCCAGAGAUGUCUGAAUUGAAGCCCAGAGCUAACAAAAGACUUCUCUGUUCUCUGUCUCAUUUUCUUCCCCCACUCCCCCCCCCCCCCCGCUUUCUUUUUCUUCCUUGAAGUGCUGAACAACCACAGGUCCUUUUGAAAAAUCAAACACUUGAUACAUCUUGACUUGCUGAUAUAAAGCAGAGAGUUGAGAAAAUGAGCAUAUGGGGAUUUUUAAUAACAAAACACUUACUGCAGAAGUCAUACCUUGAAUUUCAAAUGAGGAAGCAGUAGUUCUAUUACCAGCUCUUCCAGUGAUAUGCAGUGAUAACUUGUCAGAUCAUUUCAGUUUUUUGGGGUUUUUUUUUUUGUAUCAUGAAUUUAUGUAUAUCCAUAAUGUACUGUUGUGAGAACAUUUUCCAUUCAGUCUUAGUAAAUGGUUGAGGUACGGUA